CUCUUCUCCCUCCUCUUCCUCCUGCUGGCCGGGUCCCCGGCCCCGCGCCCGGCGGGCGGGCAGCUGCGCUACGCGGUGCCGGAGGAGCUGGAGCACGGAGCCUUCGUGGCCAACCUGGGCGAGGACCUGGGGGACGUAUCGACUCUGUCGGCUCGACGGUUCCGCAUCGUGUCGCGGGCCGGGGCCAGGCAGCACCUGGAGGUGAACCUGGAGAACGGGAUCCUCUUCGUGAACGAGCGCAUCGACCGGGAGGAGGUGUGCGAGGCCGGGGGGACCUGCCUGCUCCACCUGCAGCUCCUUGUGGAGAGCCCGCUGGAGCUCUACCGUGUGGAGGUGGAGGUGCUGGACAUCAACGACCACGCGCCCACCUUCCCCUGGCAAGAGUACGUGCUGGAGGUGGCCGAGUCCGCGGUGCUGGGUGCCCGCUUCCCUCUGGAGAGCGCUCAGGAUCCCGACGUGGGCACCAACUCGGUGCACACCUACCGGCUCAGCCCCAACAGCUUCUUCUCCCUCGAGGUGCAGACACGCAGUGACUCCAGCAAGUUUGCAGAGCUGGUUCUGGAGCGCGCCCUGGACCGCGAGCAGCAGCGGGCGCACCGGGUGCUGCUCACCGCCCUGGACGGGGGUGUCCCCGCGCGCUCGGGGACAGCUCACAUCCUUGUCACCGUGCUGGACGCCAACGACAACGUGCCGGCCUUCGACCAGCCCUCGUACGGCGUCAGCCUUCCUGAGGAUGCCCCUCCCGGCACCCUGGUCAUCCAGCUCAAUGCCACCGACCUGGAUGAAGGCCCCAACGGGGAGAUCGAGUACUCCUUCAGCGGGCACGCGCCCCCGCGCGUCCGGGAGCUCUUCCACAUAGAGCCCCGGAGUGGGCAGGUGCUGCUGAAGGGCUCUCUGGACUAUGAGCGGGCAAGUCUCCACGAGCUCUACGUGCAAGCCAAGGACCGCGGGCCCUCGGCUGUGGCCGUGCACUGCCGGGUGCUUGUGCAUCUCCUUGAUGUGAAUGACAACGCGCCGGAGGUGACCCUCACCUCUGUAUCUACUCCUGUGCUGGAGGAUGCCCCACCAGGCACUGUCAUCGCUGUCAUCAGUGUUCUGGACCGGGACUCUGGGGACAAUGGGCGGGUGAGCUGCGAGGUCAGCCCUGAUGUACCCUUUGAGCUCCACUCCUCCUUCCGCAACUACUACACGCUGGUGACCACGCAGGCACUGGACCGGGAGGCCGUGCCCGAGUACAACGUCAGCAUCACAGCACGGGACAUGGGCUCCCCUGCCCUGCUGACCCACAGCACCCUCACUGUGCCCGUGUCCGAUGUCAACGACAAUGCCCCGCGCUUCCUCCAGCCCUCCUACAGCGUCUACGUGAUGGAGAACAACGCGCCAGGUGCCUCCAUCUGCUCUGUCAGCGCCUCGGACCCCGACUGCCAACAAAACGCCUACCUGUCCUACUCCAUCGCUGACGGGCACAUCCAUGGCAUGCCCGUGGGCACCUACGUGUCCAUCAACUCGGACAGCGGGCACAUGUACGCCCUGCGCUCCCUCGAUUACGAGCAGAUCCGCAGCUUCCAGAUCCAGGUGCAAGCACAGGACGCUGGUUUCCCCCCCCUCAGCGCCAAUGUCACCGUCCACAUCUUCGUGCUGGACCAGAACGACAACGCCCCGGUCAUCGUUUCCCCCACGCCUCGCAACGGCUCCGUGGCCACCGAGCUGGUGCCGCGAUCAGCCAGGCCUGGCUACCUCGUGGGCACGGUGUCGGCGGUGGAUGCGGACGCGGGGCUGAACUCCCGCCUCUCCUACCAGCUCCUCCAGGCCACCGACUUCACCCUCUUCAGCGUGGGACCAGACACGGGGGAGCUGCGCACCCUCCGCUCCUUCCUGGAGCAGGACGCGACCCGGCAGCAGCUGGUGGUGCAGGUGCGGGAUGGAGGGCAACCAGCCCUCUCUGCCUCUGUCUCCCUCCUGCUUUCCGUGGUGGAGACCAUGCCUCAGACUCUCUCUGACUUCAGCGAGUUCAGCCUCCCCCCAGAGGCCUCUUCAUCCUCCCCACUCACCCUCUACCUCCUUGUCUCCCUGGGCUCCAUCUCCUUCACCUUCCUCCUCGCCAUCCUCAUCCUCACAGCCAUUCGGUGCCGCGGAGCGCGGCGCUCCCGCCAGGAGGACGGCUGCUCAGCGCCGCGCUGCCACUGCUGCCCCGGCCCCAGACCCUCCUCUGACGGCCUGAAGACGUCCAACCUGACAGCGCAGCCCCCUGCGGGCACCGCGGCUGCCACCUGCCUCGACGUGCCAGGGGGUGGCCCCCCAGGCUACUGCUACAAGGUCUGCCUUGGUCCUGAGUCUGCCCAGAGCGACUUCAUGUUCCUCAAACCCUGCAGCCCCCCCCGGAAUAACGAGAAGGACCCCGGGAAGCGGUCCCAGCCUGGCCAGCAUCUUCAGGUCUCCAAGCAGGUCAAGCAGCCCAACACGGACUGGCUGCCUCCCAGCACACAGAGACCUGUCCUGAAGAGCUCCCAGAGCCUGGAGGACAUGGGGGAAAUCCGCAGAGCCCUGCAGAAGGAGCACGAGAGGCUGCGCACGCUGGUGACCCCUGUAUCAGAGUUUCAGAAGACUUCUGCAGGCACCAACAGCAUCUGGACCCCCCAGUACAGCUCCUUGUACCCGGGCUACAUCCCAGCCCUUGAUUACCAGCACAACGUCUACAUCCCCGGCACCCCCACUCUGCUCUCGGGCAAGGACGGGCCCCUCUUCCUGGGCCGGGAGAACAAGAACAGCUUCUCCACCUUUGGCAAGAGGAAGAAGAUGACAACUUACUGUGACAUGCAUGACAGUGUGGUUAUCAACAACGACCUGAAAUAA